GGAAAAUUGAAAAUUUGAAUUAUUGCGAUUUGCAAAGAAGCAAAUUGAAAGUAAAAACAAGUUUGUCCUUUGUAUUGCACCUGAAGGUCAUUAAUUUAUAAUAAUUAUUAUUAACGAAUUACAAAUGCAUGCAUAAAUAGUACUACGUCGAUACAAUUUUACGCCUGCGUAGUGCAAUAAAAACUGAAGUUCUGUCAAAAACUGUUUGGCGCGCUGAUAAGUGUUGCUCAUCACGAAUCACGAUGAUACUAUUUUACGUAUUACUCGUUGAUGAGAUUGCAUACAUUCCUCACGUCUCCGGAGUAAUUUCAACUUGUAAAAGUUUUAUCAAAAAUGAGUGAUAAUCAGAGUAACUAUAAAAUGGCACGCCAAAAUGGGAUAGUGCAGCCUUUAUUAACAGACUUGUAUCAAAUAACAAUGGCUUAUGCGUACUGGAAAUCAGGAAAAGCAAAUGAUGUUGCGGUAUUUGAUCUGUUUUUUCGCACUAACCCUUUUCAUGGAGAAUUUACAAUCUUCGCUGGACUAGAAGAAUGUUUGAAGUUUUUAGAGAACUUUCAUUAUUCAGAUAGUGAUAUUGAGUAUCUGAGGCAAACGCUCCCGGCUAACAUUGAAACAGAAUUUUACGACUAUUUGAAAGAUUUAACUUGUAAGGAUGUGAAAUUGAGUGCUAUAGAGGAAGGCUCUGUGGCAUUUCCAAGAGUUCCGCUCAUGAGGAUCGAAGGCCCGCUCAUAAUAACGCAGCUCAUAGAGACAACGCUGUUGACUCUCGUGAACUUUGCAAGUUUGAUGGCGACGAAUGCAGCUCGAUACCGCAUGGUUGCCGGCAAGAACAUAUCGCUGCUGGAGUUCGGGCUGCGACGAGCGCAAGGACCCGACGGAGGUCUUUCUGCCUCCAAAUACUCAUACAUUGGUGGAUUCGAUGGGACAAGUAACGUGUUGGCCGGGAAAAUGUUCAACAUUCCCGUGAAGGGGACGCACGCGCACUCUUUCGUGACGUCGUUUAGCACGCUCGAGGACAUACACUCUGUCACGCUGAGACACGCCGUGACGCGGGAACAGUGUAACCUCCUAGAACUGUCACUCGCGUGGAGGAAACGGCUAUCUAGUAUCAUGGACGUGUCCCCGGACGAAGCCAGCGACGGAGAACUCGCCGCUCUUAUAUCGUACGCCCAAGCGUUCCCAACGGGCUUCCUAUCCCUAGUGGACACCUACGACGUGAAGAGGUAUAAUAUUGGCUUAGCACCUCACAGACGCAACGGUCGUUACAAUAGCAACUGUGGAUCCGAUAUACCUGCGACGACGGUCGAUCGCACACUGAGAAGUGGCUUGCUGAAUUUCUGCGCUGUGGCGCUAUCGCUACACGACUGUGGAUAUCGGGCAGUUGGUAUACGUAUAGACAGCGGGGAUCUAGCAUACCUAUCUAUAUUGGCCCGGGAUAUCUUCAAGCAAGUCGCCGAGGAGUUCAACCUGCCGUGGUUUGCUGAGCUCACUAUAGUCGCUUCCAAUGAUAUCAAUGAAGAGACGAUACUUAGUUUGCACGAGCAGGGCCACGCUAUUGACUGUUUUGGAAUUGGAACACAUUUGGUGACCUGCCAGCGGCAACCAGCGUUGGGUUGUGUGUAUAAACUUGUAGAGAUCAACGGUCAACCUCGUAUCAAAUUGAGUCAAGAUGUCGGCAAGGUUACUAUUCCUGGACAUAAAGAGGCAUACCGGCUUUUCGGUGCCGACGGGCACGCACUGAUCGAUCUUCUACAGCGGUCUACGGAGGCGCCCCCUCGCACGGGACAGAAAGUUCUCUGCCGACAUCCUUUCCAGGAGUCCAAACGUGCUUACGUCAUACCGAGCAAGGUCGAGCAUCUGUAUAAGGUAUACUGGAAGGACGGGCGCAUCUGUGUCCACCCCAAGCCGCUGUCGGAGGUGCGAGAGAGAGUUCAGGCAUCGCUCAGAACUCUGAGGCAGGACAUCAAGAGAAAUUUGAACCCUACGCCUUAUAAGGUGGCAGUAAGCGAUGACCUGUAUAGUUUCAUCCACGACUUGUGGCUGCAAAACGCGCCGAUCGGGGAACUGUCUUGAGACCACGAUACACCGAGUAAGAGACGUAAGAUAGCAUUUAAUACUUCCUAAAUAUCUACUUAUCACGCCUGUGAUAACUAAUCGGGACUCUGACUGUCAGUCAUACAGCCAGCAUCCUUAUAGAAUUUGUAAUAUUUUGGGAAAUCAUAAUGUUUUGAGAAUGUGUAUACCAAAUCACAGACAUGAAUUUGUGGGUUUUAAAAACCAUUACAAGUUUAUGCAAUGAACAGUUAUUUGUAAGCGUAUCAGUUUAAUGUUUCUGUAAUCCACGUAUUUUAAUAUCACAAAGUUUUUUUAAUGCAGCUAAAGAAAUAAUCAAAAUUAUGAAUUUUACCUAGUGGUUAAGCUAUUGUAAGCCGGCUGUUUUACUAGUCAACUUUUAUAAAAGGGUAUCGAUGAGCUAUAAUUAAGACAAUUAAAAAUUAUAGUACCUGGAUGACCGAGCUUUGCUCGGUAUAGCAA